GCGCUCGGCCCCUUUUUUUUUCCUCUUCUCCCAGCCUCGGAGAGCCGUCGGACCGCUGUCCUUUCGGGCCGCCUCGGGCUUUCCGCGGGAGACGAGGAAGGAAGCUUCCAGGAUGGGGGUAACGCAGUCCCUCGGCUUGCCCCACGGGAAGGGCGCCUAUCCGGUCGGCUGCACCGACGUCAUGGUGGGCCAGACUCCCAAGGGCCUCUUCUUCCGCCUCUUCUACCCCUGUGUCCCUCAGAGUGAAGCUGAGGAGCCGUCCUGGAUUCCCCGCUAUGAAUAUUACUCCGGACUAGCUGACUACAUGAACUUGAAUAGGAAAUGGUUUGCGCCACUUCUCAGUGUCACAUUUGGAUCGUGUAAGAUCCCUGUAAGCUGGGAUGCGCCUUUCCGACCCUGUUCUCACAAGUACCCAUUGAUCAUAUUCUCCCACGGACUAGGAGCCUUUCGAACCGCGUACUCGGCCGUCUGUAUUGAGAUGGCUUCUCGGGGUUUUUUGGUGAUGGCUCUUGAGCACAGGGACCGGUCAGCUUCUGCUACUUAUUUUUGCAAGUUGGAUCCAGAAGCACCAGAGCUACACGAGGCUCCGAUUCAUGAAGAAUGGCUCACUUACCGCAGGGUACCCACAGAUCAGAAGGAGUUUCCAUUCCGGAACCCGCAGCUCCAUCAAAGAGCAAACGAGUGCAAACGGGCAUACAGGCUGAUGCAGAGCAUCAACAGUGGCAAGGUUGUUGCAAACCUUCUGCGCACGGAUUUUGACCUCUCUGUACUGAAGGACAAUGUGGAUCUGACCAAAGCAGUUGUCAUGGGUCACUCUUUUGGAGGCGCAACAGCAGUGCUAGCUCUGGUCAAAGAAGCCCAAUUUAAAUGCGCUGUUGCCCUUGAUGCAUGGAUGUUCCCUUUGGAGAAUUCUGUUUACCCCAAAGUGACCAAGCCGGUGCUGUUUAUCAACACAGAGUCGUUCCAGACGGCAGAGAGCGUGGCCAAGAUGAAAAAAAUCAAUGCCACCAGCAGUGAAAGCAAGAUCAUUACAAUCCUGGGUACCAUCCACCAGAGUCACACUGAUUUCACCUUCUUUGCCGGGAACCUUGUCAACCGGGUCUACAAGACAAGGGGUACCAUUGAUCCCUACGAAGGCCUGAAUAUCACCAACCAGGCUGCUCUCGCUUUCUUGCAAAAGCAUCUCCAACUCAAAGAAGAUUUUGACCAGUGGGAUAAUCUUCUGGAAGGCAUAGGCAGCUCGGUGGUCCCGGAUAGCCCCUUGGCAAAAUCUAGCCUCUAAGCAAGAAAUAUAUCUCCCCAAUUGUUUUGGGGCAUCUUCUGGAUUUGUUUUUCCCCCCUUCCUUUGAAGGGAUAGAAAGCACCUUUGAUAUAAAAUUGCUCUCCAGAUGUUGGACAUCCUGCAGAAUUGCUCUUCAUGAUGAUGGACACGUUCCUGAGAUCUCCUGCUAUGAAGGCUUCACUUCUUUAAGAAGCAUCUGCUUCUUAGAAACAGUUGCCUUAAAUGUGCUUUCAAUGUGCUUCUCCUUCUACCAGGACUACAGCAAGAGCUUAAGAAAAAAGAUGGAUCUAAAUUGUGAAUGAAGAAAUUGAAGUCAGUGUUGUCCUCAGGGAAAUCUGCUUGCACUUUAAAGUAAAAUAUAGCAGGGAAACUGCAACCUCACAGCCUAGAAUCAGCUACCUGCUAUCCUGAUGGCAUCCCUUUCGAACUUGGGAGAGAACCAGAAAAGGAAGAUCGACCGUGGUUUAAAGCUAUUAACUGCAGCUAUAAAACUGGAUUUCAAAAGAUCGUUCCUUUUCAACUACCUUGGUAGGGCUGGAAAGAAGGAAUAUACCAGCCCCAUGAUGUUGUGGCAGAAAAUCUGUAAAGAACGUACACGAAGCAAGAGCUUAAUCGUUUGGAGGUCUGAGCAUCAAAGCUUUAAUCUUCUGUUCAAUGCAGGCUUUCCGAUAGGCCAGGUUUGCAACUACAAUUCCAUGUUUACACCUCAGAUGAUGCACAUCCCACUCUAUGCAUAUUAUGCUCACCCAAGCAGGCUGCUCUUGAAACUUUUUUUAAAUGUAAAAUUUGAAUGCUGCUGCACAGUUAAUUCCAAAAUAUUAAAAUGGAAGAAGCAACAUUCAAAACUAUUGUCCGCCUAAGGCUGUUGCUACCUUUUCUAAGGUCACCACCUCAGAAGAACCUCCUGGAGGUCUUAGGCUGUACCCCAACCUAUUCCUGGCAAGAAAGUUGGCGUUGUAAGCAUGAGAGAGAGAGGGAGGGAGGAAGAGAGAGACAGAGACAGA